GCGAACAAGGAUUUGAAAAAUUUAAAUUUUAAGUCAUAAAUGACAACGAUAAUAUCUAAUCGGUAAGCUUAUCAAUUUCUAUUCAACGGUGAAUUAUUGUUAUUUUUUUUAGUUUUGCCAGAAAUAAUGUAGUUCCUAGAAUCCUCAUAUGAAGUAGAUACCCGAUGAAUUUGAUAUAUGUUUGUUAAGCCAAGAAAACAAAAAAACGAACGUUUUGAAAGGUUAUACGUUCAUCGGAAAUUCAAACAUUUUUCGUCAACUAUUGUAUUGGAAUUACUUAUAUACUUUUCGCUAUUUAACUAGAUUAUGUCUCAUAAUAAUACUGAACAAUCUGCAAGACAGUAUGGAUUUUGCAAUGCAAUUUUUUCAAAUUCACCAACCAACUUCAAUAAAGAAAAUAAACCUCCUACUAAAGCCGAUUCAUUAGUUAAUUCUAAUUCAAACUCGAAUUUAAGCUCUCCAUCGUGUAAAAAAAAUUUAAUCAAUUAUCUACCCUAUAAUGAAUACAAUAAUCAAUGUUCAAAAAAUGUAGAACAAAAAUAUGUCAAAACCUCAAAAGUAUCAUCUAAAACUCUUGUGCGUGCACAAUCGGACGAUAUGAUACAAAAUCAAGAUGAUCAUAUUUCUUUAUCAAAAUGCAAUUCAGAAGAGAAAAUAGUUAAUAAGAAUAUGUCUAAUACAAGACUUUCUGGUAAUAAAACUCCUGUAACUCAUUUCUGUACACCAAAAAACAUUUUAAAUACACGCUCUGGUACAAGUUCGUCGCGCAGGCACGUGAAGCGUUACUUUAGUGAUAAUUCUUUACAUCAAACCCCAGAUUGUUUUAAUUCGGUACAUCUGGAAACACCAAAAACAAAAACUGACAAUGGAAUUGAAGAGCAAACCCUAUACGAAGGGGAGAAUAGUAAUUUAACAGUAGGCAUUAGAGUAAGACCACUAAGUUUUAAGGAACAAUGCGAACAAAAGAUAUUUUCAAUUGUUGAAGUUAAUAAUCAGAAUCUUAUAGUCGAUUGCGAUACGUCACAACAUACUUUUAUAUACGAUCACUGUUUUAUUUCAUACAAUGAUCCUCUAAAGAAAGGUCACGCUAAUCAAGAAUCAGUAUUCAACACUAUUGGUAUUCCAUUAGUUCAAAGUGCUUUUGAAGGAUAUAACGUGUGUCUUUUAGCAUACGGCCAAACCGGAUCUGGAAAGAGUUAUAGUAUGAUGGGAUCGGAGUCUGCACAGCCAAAUUCUUUAGAAAUUCAUUCGGACGCUGGUAUUAUUCCAAGAUUUUGCCAUGAGAUUUUUUCACGUACUAAACUAGAUAAUUAUAUAAAUACCACGGUUGAAAUAAGCUAUUUUGAAAUUUAUAAUGAAAAAAUUCACGACCUUCUAAUUAGUAAUAAUAAUGGUACGAAAAAAGCUCCUUUAAAAGUACGCGAACAUCCUGUUUUUGGCCCAUAUAUUGUAGAUUUAAGUCAACACAUUGUACAAAAUUACAGCGACUUGAAGGGAUGGCUAAAAGUAGGAAACUCACAAAAAGCUACUGCAGCCACUGGAAUGAAUGAAAAAAGUUCUAGAUCUCAUAGUAUUUUUACCAUUAUUUUAACACAAACUCGAUCUAAAGGAUCUUCGAGUAGAGAAGUUGAUGAAGUUAGUCGACGUAGUAAGAUUAAUUUGGUCGAUCUUGCCGGAAGCGAAAGACUGAGCAAUACAUGUGCUAGCGGCAACAGAUUAAGAGAAGGUGUCUCUAUAAAUAAAUCACUUUUAACAUUGGGAAAAGUCAUUGGAUCUCUUGCUGAUAGUACAAAUGAUCGAAAGCGCAGUUUUGUUCCAUAUCGAGAAUCUGUAUUAACAUGGCUUUUGAAAGAAAGUCUUGGAGGAAACUCACGAACCGCUAUGCUGGGGACGAUUUCUCCAGCAAAUGUACAUUUGGAAGAAACUUUGGCGACUCUUCGAUAUGCAUAUCAGGCUCGAGCUAUCGUUAAUCGAAUUCGAAUCAAUGAAAAUCCUAAUGAUAGAUUGAUACGACAAUUGAAGGCGGAAGUUCAGCGAUUAAAGAGCAUGAGAGAUGGAUACGAGAAGCAAUUAGGAUUGACUCCUCGGAAAUUACUUGACACUAUUGAAUCAUCAUCCGAGAGCUCGGAAGAAGCUGUAAAUAAACAGCGAGAAAUCGAUCGUUUGAAAUAUCAAUUGAAAAAAAUGGAAGAGCAGCUUUUUGUUAGCCAAAAAUCCUGGGAGGAGAAACUUCGCGAGGCCAAAGAGAAGAAAAACAGCGAGCUAACGCAUCUCCGUCGAUGCGGUAUUGCCAUUGAGCUGGACUUUCAGGAAAACGCUAAGCAGCCGUUUCUCGUCAAUCUCGCUGCCGAUCCCAUGUUAUCCGGUACGCUCUUGUAUCUCAUUCCUCCAGGUCGCGUACGCGUGGGUCGAGGCUCGACGUACGGCACGCCUGCCAAGAAAGUCGACAUCGUGCUAGAGGGUCCACUCAUGAAGACGCUGCACUGCGCCAUCGAAAAUAAUCAUGGAAAAUUAACAUUCUAUCCUGAAAAAGAUGGAGAAAAUUUUGUGAAUGGAGAGCUGACACGUGGAAAAGUUCAAUUGAAACAUGGUGAUCGAUUAGUUAUUGGUGGAAAUCAUUAUUUCAAAGUUUGCAAUCCAUUAGAUGAGCAAGAUGGUAUACAAAUGUCCGUUCAGCCAAUAGAUUUCGAUUUUGCUCACCAAGAAGUGCUCCGCAUUCAAGAAGAAAAGUUACGAGCUGAACUUGAGGAGUCGAAACAAAAGGCUAUGAAAGAGCUUGAGAACGCGAAACGGGAAGUGGAAAUGCAAUUGGAUUUUCAAAAAUCAGCUUACGAAGAUGAAAUUAAACAAUUGGGUUGUAGUCUGGAAGAACAAAAAUCAGCAUUAGAAGAGAUGAACCGUAAGAAAAAAGAGCUCGAACGCGAAAAAGAACUGCUUGCGAGUGAAAUUGAAACUAACAACAAGAUAAGAAGAUUAGAAAUCGAGGACUCUGAAAUAAGUAUUUCGACGUAUAAAUCGAAUUUCCUUCAGGAACUCGAAGAAAUAUUGAACGAAACUACCGCCGAUGUACAAACUGCGCUGACCGUCAAAACGAGCAUUGAUGCAAUGAAAACUGGCGGAGUUAGUCUCCACGAAAUACAGUUAUUAGUUAGAGAAGCGACUGGACGGUGUAGAGAAGUUGGUGUUAAUUAUGAAUUUCAUCAGCAACAAAUAGUGGUCGAUAAAGGCUUGCAACCGGUAAUUCGGGUCAGAGACAAAGAUAACAUGGUUGAAAGCCUUUGGCAACCUAUACGCUUCCUAGAUUGGAUUCAUCAGCUACGAGAUCACGAGCUAGAGCAUUCGAUAAAAGAACUUCAAGAUUCCGAUGACAAAUGGGAGCCAUUCGAAGAAAGCGAUAUUGUACAGGACUCCUUAUACUGCAGUCGAAUAUCAGUUAAUAUGACACCCGUUAAGAGACAGUUGAAUGAAAGCUUGAGCCAAUUUUCCGUCGAUGCGUCCUUCCUCGACAGUUCUACGGUCGAUUGCACGUCCGAGUCAAUAGUGCAAAAACGUCGCGAUGACAUUCAUCAGUGCUUAAUUCAAAUGGAACUUGCAUCGAAGACGUUGAAGGGACUCUGCCAUCAGUACGAGUCCAGAGAAAUAAGCGGCAAGGUCACUCAGGCCUUGGACAAAGUUCAUAUUAUCUUGCAGCAUCUUAAAACAAUUUUGGAGGUCAAAGCUGUACCAAUGGGCAGUGUCGAUAAUCAGAUAUCUAUUGUUAGCAAUGUGAAUAACACUAUGAUCGAUAAGGCCGAAGCCGAUAAGUCUGGCCAAUCCUUAGACAUACUGAAGAAAUAUUGCUACAAAAGCGUUGCAUCGCCAGCGAAAUCUAAUCUUCGUAGUGCAUGUCCUUAUUUUACUAACGACAAUGCGUCUAGGUCUGUCAAAUUUAACAUUAACUAAUGUUGAGUAAAGCGACAGAUGCAAAUGUAUAGAAUACGAGACAGUUGUUUGAUAGUUUGGAGCAAAAGUUAACGAUUUAGACAGUCGUAGGAUGUACAGAAAGAAAGUAACGAUGCAUUAAUUUGGAUAUAAUAAUGACUAGAUGAAACAUAUUCUUUUAAUUUUAAUGGAGAAUAAUGUUAAAAAAGGAGAAAUAUUACAUUAGA